AUGGCGGAUUCUCGUGGUGAAGGAGGAGGGUGCUGCCCUCCCAUGGAUCUCUUUCGGUCCGAGGAGAUGCACUUGGUUCAGCUCAUUAUCCCUAUCGAGUCAGCUCAUCUCACCGUCUCCUAUCUCGGCGACAUCGGCCUCAUUCAGUUCAAAGAUCUCAAUUCGGAGAAGAGCCCCUUUCAAAGAACUUAUGCAGCCCAGAUUAAAAAAUGUGGAGAGAUGGCUCGGAAGUUGCGCUUCUUCAAGGAGCAAAUGGAGAAGGCAGGUGUUGAGCCGUCGAAGAUACCUAACCCCCAAGCUGACAUCAACAUGGAUGACUUAGAGUUCAAACUUGGGGAACUUGAGGCAGAGCUGGUUGAAGUGAAUGCAAAUGACGAAAAAUUGCAGCGUGCUUAUAAUGAACUUGUGGAAUAUACACUUGUCCUCCGGAAGGCUGGUGAAUUUUUUUCUUCAGCUCAUAUCAGUGCAGCUGCGCAUCAGAGGGAAAUUGGAUCUCGUCAAUCUGGGGAAGGAUCAUUAGAGACCCCCUUAUUGGACCAGGAAAUAUCAGCUGAUUCAUCAAAGCAAGUGAAGCUGGGGUUUCUCACUGGCUUAGUUUCCAAAGAGAAGUCAUUGGCAUUUGAAAGGAUUAUCUUUCGUGCUACAAGGGGAAAUGUAUUCCUCAAGCAGGCUGCUAUUGAGGAACCUGUCACUGAUCCUGUUUCUGGAGAGAAGGUGGAGAAGAACGUUUUUGUUAUUUUCUAUUCCGGAGAAAGAGCAAAGACUAAAAUACUGAAAAUAUGUGACGCCUUUGGUGCUAAUCGUUAUCCUUUCUCAGAGGAUGUGAACAAGCAAGGCCAAAUGAUUACCCAGGUCUCAGGAAGGCUGACAGAGAUGAAGACCACCAUAGAUGCUGGUUCGCUUCAGAGAAACAGUUUGCUGAAGACAAUUGGAGAAAGAUACGAGCAGUGGAACUCAUUGGUUAAGAAGGAAAAAUCCGUCUAUCAUGUUCUAAACACGCUCAGUCUUGAUGUGACUAAAAAAUGUCUUGUUGGUGAAGGAUGGAGUCCUGUGUUUGCCAGUAAGCAGAUCCAGGAUGCCUUGUACCGGGCUUCAAUUGAUUCAAAUUCUCAGGUUGGAUCCAUUUUCCAGCUCUUGGAUACAAAGGAAGCACCACCUACUUACUUCCAAACUAACAAAUUCACCUCUGCCUUCCAAGAAAUUGUUAGUGCGUAUGGGGUGGCAAAGUAUCGGGAGGCAAAUCCAGCCGUAUACACUAUUGUCACAUUCCCCUUUCUGUUUGCAGUCAUGUUUGGUGAUUGGGGUCAUGGAAUAUGCUUGUUGCUUGCAACAUUAGUGUUGGUAGCAAGGGAAAAGAAACUUUCCAGCCAGAAACUUGGAGAUAUCACGGCAAUGGCAUUUGGUGGUCGUUAUACUAUAUUGAUGAUGUCACUGUUCUCCAUUUACACUGGUCUGAUCUACAAUGAAUUCUUCUCGAUACCCUUCCCAUUAUUCGCUCCCUCUGCUUAUGGGUGCCGUGAUCCCUCUUGCGAGGAUUCCACUACAAUUGGGCUGAUCAAGGUGCGCGAUACUUACCCAUUUGGUGUGGACCCAGCAUGGCAUGGUACACGCAGUGAGCUUCCCUUUCUCAAUUCACUGAAGAUGAAAAUGUCAAUCCUUCUUGGAGUUGCCCAGAUGAAUCUCGGGAUCAUAAUGAGUUACGUCAAUGCAAUCUACUUUAAAAGUAGCUUAAACAUCUGGUUUCAAUUCAUUCCCCAGAUGAUAUUCUUUAAUAGUUUGUUCGGGUACUUAUCUGUUCUCAUCAUCAUGAAGUGGGUAGCUGGUUCUCAAGCAGACUUAUAUCACGUCAUGAUAUACAUGUUUCUGAGUCCAACUGACGAGCUAGGUGAAAACCAACUUUUCCCAGGACAAAAAAAUACUCAGAUGGUUUUACUGUUGCUGGCCCUUGUCGCUGUGCCAUGGAUGCUCUUCCCGAAGCCUUUUCUUUUGAAGAGGGAGUACGAGAAGACACACCAAGGCCAAUCGUAUGCUCCACUUCCUAGCACGGAUGAAUCUGCUGAGUUGGAAGCAGCCCAUGAUGGUUCACAUGGUGGUCACGGGGAAUUCGAAUUCAGUGAAGUUUUUGUUCAUCAGAUGAUCCACACUAUCGAGUUUGUUCUCGGAGCAGUCUCCAACACAGCUUCUUACCUUCGAUUAUGGGCUCUCAGUCUUGCACACUCAGAACUGUCCAGUGUAUUCUACGAGAAAGUCUUGCUUCUCGCCUGGGGGUUCAACAAUGUGUUUAUCCUGAUCAUCGGAAUCAUCGUCUUCGUAUUUGCAACUGUUGGCGUGCUGCUAGUGAUGGAAACUCUCAGCGCUUUCCUCCAUGCCCUUCGUCUCCACUGGGUCGAGUUCCAGAACAAGUUCUACGAGGGAGACGGUUACAGCUUCAUCCCCUUCUCAUUCGCUUUAAUAGAUUUCGAAGAGGAGUAA